UCCAGUGCAACAACAUCACUGCUUGAAUGACCGCGCACUUGUGCGACUCAGGGAAACACUUCACCUCUUCAUUUGAGCCGUACGAGCGCUUCGUCCGUUUGAGACGGAUUUAUAAACCCUCGGCUCACUUCACGGAGAGACCCGCAGUCUGCAGCCGCCUGAGCGAGACAUGACAGCGUAACGUUAGAGCCUCCAUCUUCGCUGUUGAGCACCAUGAAGAGAUGACCGGCUCGUAGAGCUGAAAGCAGAGGAGCUGACGGUAAAUGAGAGGCCGUCAUCAUGCCCCCGGGGAAGUAUGGGAUGCAGGAGGAAUGGGAGAAGGAGGGGGACCAGGAGAUCGUGAUGGACUUCCUGCUGCCUACUGGGAUCUUCCUCAAAUUCCCGGUGUCUCGAAAUAACACCAUCAGAAGCAUCAAAAAAAUGGUUUGGAAAAAUGCCAGCAGUGAGGCCCUGUUUGGUGCACUGGGUGAUCCCGACGCAUACGUCUUCACCUGCAUCAACCAGACAGCAGAGAGGGAGGAACUGGAGGAGGAAUCCAGGCGUAUAAGCGAUGUGCGGCCCUUCAUGUGUGUUCUGAGGCUGGUGGCGAGGGAGGGCGACCGAGUGGAGAAACUCACCAACACCCAAAUCAGCCUGCUAAUUGGCAAAGGUCUACAUGAGUUUGAGGCCCAGAAGAACCACGAGGUGAAUGAGUUUCGGUCUAAGAUGCGCACGUUUUGCGAAGAGAAGGCCCAGGAGCGGCAGAUGUUGCCAUGGCACCAGUGGAUGGAGUACAGCUUCCCAUGUGACCUGGAGCCAUGCAGCUCUCCCCCCGUGUGUGGGAGCGUGAAGUCAAAAAGCACCAAGAAGAUUUUCAUCAACGUCAAGUUUGAGGCUUGCGAAGAAAGCUUCAUGCUGCAGCAGGACCCCCAGGACCUCCCAGUAGCUCUGAUGAGGAGCGCCCUGAAGAAGAAAGCCACUGUCUUUCGCUCAGUGCGACAGGAGCCAGAGGACUACACCUUACAGGUCAACGGGAGGUGGGAGUUCAUCUAUGGGAAACACCCCAUGUGCCAGUUCAAAUACAUUUUCAUGUGUUUGAGAAAUGGCCUAAACCCUCAUCUGACCAUGGUGCACCGCUCCACCAUCAGCAAAUAUCAGGAGGAGCAGGGCAGAAUGUGCAGCCAAGUAUAUAAGAGCCGCUCCUUGUCCAGACCUCCUCCACUGCCCCUGAAGAAGCAAAAUACCUCCUCUCUGUGGUCCAUCAAUGAGCCUUUCUACAUUCACCUGCUGCAGGGCAGCCGAGUGAAUGCAGACGAAGGAAUGAAGCUUGUGGUGCAGGCUGGUCUGUUUCAUGGCAGCGAACUGCUCUGUAAGGUGGUGACGAGCUCAGAGGUGACGGUGUGCUCGGAGCCGCUGUGGGAUCAAAAGCUGGAGUUUGACAUAAACGUGGCUGAUCUGCCUCGCAUGAGCCGCCUGUGCUUUGCCCUCUAUGCUGUAAUUGAGAAAACCAAGAAACCCCGUGGCACCAAAAAGAAGAAUAAGAAAGCGGAUUGUCCAAUAGCCUGGGUGAACACCAUGGUGUUCGACUACAAGGACCAACUGAAGACUGGGGAGUUCCUCUUGUCCACAUGGCCAUCUGUUCCUGAUGACAAAGGUGAUCUGUUGAACCCGAUGGGAACAGUCGAGAAGAACCCCAACGUGGACAGUGCUGCUGGGCUUCUUAUUCGCUUCCACAACAUUCGGCCACAUCCUCUCUAUUACCCUCCACUGGACAAGAUAAGUGACAUGGAGAGGAAUGGUGAUGUAGCUAUUGCCACUAAAGAGGAGUACAUGAAACUAAAAGAAAUCAUGGACAACAAAAACUACACAGAGUUUUUUGAGGACGAGAAGGAGCUCCUGUGGAAGCUCCGUGCAGAGGUCCGCGACCGUUAUCCUGAAAGUCUGUCCAAGCUGCUCCUCAUCACCAAGUGGAAUAAGCGUGAGGACGUAGUUCAGAUGGUGAGUUUACUGAGGAACUGGUCGGACCUUCCUGCCAUCCAUGCCUUGGAGCUCUUAGACUACAGUUUUCCCGACCCAGCGGUCCGUUCUUUCACUAUCAGAUGCCUCAGGAAGCUCAGUGAUAAUGAACUGCUACAGUACUUAAUCCAGCUGGUCCAAGUCCUAAAGUACGAGUCCUAUCUAGACUGUGACCUCACCACUUUCCUGCUAGAGAGGGCUUUGUCCAACAGGAGGAUAGGACACUUUCUGUUUUGGCAUCUGAGGUCGGAGAUUCACGUGGCAUCUGUGAGUUUGCGUUUUGGCCUAAUUCUGGAGGCCUACUGCAGGGGAAACAUCCACCACAUCAAGUUUUUAACCAAACAGAACGAGGCUCUGGGCAAAAUGAAAGCCCUGAGUGACUUUGUCAAGUCGGGCUCCCAGAAGAUGACAGUGGACGACUUGAAGCUGUGUAUCAGGCAGGAGUCCUACCUGGAGGCCCUGUCAGACCUGCUGUCACCACUCAACCCCAGCAUCAUCCUCGCUGAGAUCUGUGCAGAUAAAUGCAGGUUUAUGGACUCCAAGAUGAAGCCGCUCUGGCUGAUGUAUAAGAACCCCAGUGCUCAAGGAGACAUGGUGGGCAUCAUCUUCAAGAAUGGAGAUGAUCUUCGACAAGACAUGUUGACUCUCCAGAUGAUCCGGCUCAUGGAGAAUUUAUGGAAGAAAGAAGGCCUGGAUCUCAGGAUGAUCCCAUAUGGCUGCUUGUCUACUGGGAACAAGAUGGGGCUCAUUGAGGUAGUGAAGAACUCAGAUACCAUCGCCAAUAUCCAGCGUAACAGCAGUAACAGUGCCGCCACGGCUGCCUUUAACAAGGAUGCCCUGCUCAACUGGCUCAAAUCUAAGAAUCCUGAGGACAAACUUGAUCAAGCAAUAGAAGAGUUCACACUGUCCUGUGCUGGCUACUGUGUAGCUACUUACGUCUUGGGCAUUGGAGAUCGUCACAACGACAACAUCAUGAUCAGGGAAACUGGACAGCUUUUUCACAUUGACUUUGGGCAUUUCCUGGGCAACUUCAAGAGGAAACUAGGCAUCAACAGGGAGCGUGUGCCUUUUAUCCUGACCUAUGACUUUGUCCAUGUGAUCCAGCAAGGACGGACAAACAACAGUGAGAAGUUUGAGAGGUUCAGGGAGUACUGUGAGCGGGCCUAUAAGAUCCUGUGUCGUAACGGGAUGCUGUUUGUCAACCUCUUUGCUAUGAUGAAGGCAGCAGGACUGCCAGAGCUCAGCUCCUUCAAAGACAUCCAGUAUCUAAAGGACUCUUUAGCUUUGGGCAAAUCAGAGGAAGAGGCACUGAAGAAUUUCAAAGUGAAGUUCAACGAAGCUCUGCGGGAGAGCUGGAAGACGAAGGUGAACUGGAUGAUGCACUCCUUGGCCAAAGAUAACAGACCGUGAAGAACACUGCACCAAGGUGACCAGACGAUGACGAAAAACGAUGGAUUUUAACUUAUGGAGAUAUAAAUAAAUAUUUUACUUUAUUAAUGGCAUUCAAAGACACUCAGCAAAUGUUUACAUCUGACGGGCCUGUCUGUGGUAAAUAACUACUAAGUGGAGGCAUCCAAAGACAAUGAUAGAAUCAUGGAGCAUAAUUUCAACACAGAUAUUUUCACAAUGAAGGAAGGAUCCAUCACACUCGUCUUUCUCCCGUGAAACAAUGGAAUGCCUUUGCCUUGAGGACAUGUCAACAAAAAUUAUAAACAGCAGAGAUUUUAAGUUAAUUUCACCGACUGCAUUACUCAGCAGAGAGAAAACAGCAAACAAUGACUUAGACGACGCCAUUCAGUGACGGAGUACAAUAACAGGGCGGCAGUUUCACGUCAAGUCGUUUGUACGGUUUACAAUCCUUGAUUGGCUGUGUCAUUUCCUCUCAUUUCAACUUCCUCUUUGCAAUUGUGUAUUUUUAUUUUAUUUUAUUGUAUUUUAUUUAAUCUGAUAACUCUGAAGUACUUUUUAAACUUAUAUAUUUUAAAAAGAUGUUGUGUUUUACUGCGAUAUCACUUAUGGAUGUGUAAUACUGCCUUGAAGUACAGUAUGAUGCCUUUGGAGUGCCAGUAGACAGGAAGCAUUGUAACAUUUACAGUUUAAUGUAAGAUGAGAAAAUUAUUUUAAAUGGGAACUUUAUUUUGAUAACAUCCCUGUAUCCCCAAACCGCUACUACGCAUUAAAGGAAUAGUUUGAAAUUUCGGUAAAUACGGUUACUUGCUUUUGUGCUGAAAUUUAGAUGAAAAGGUUGACACCAAUCUCAAGUCUGUCUGUUUAAUGUGGAGCUGGAGCCAGCAGCCUUCAGCACAUGUUGCAUGUCAUGCCCCUCUCUCUUCCUCCGUUUCGUGCCUGACUCUUCACUUUUACUUUGUCCAAUAAAGGUGAAAAUAUGCCCCAACACUGACGUUUAUAUAAGUUGCAGUUUUCUGUCAAACUAUUAGUAGACACCCCUUCCUUUUUCCAGUCUUUAAGCUAAGCUAAUUGUCUCCUGGUUGUAGCUUCACAUUUAAUGGACAGAUAUAAGAGUGGUAUCACUUGUCUUGUCUAACCCUCGGCACAAAAGUGAAUAGGAGUGCUUCCUAAAAUGAUAUUAUAUAGAUACUUGGUCAAAGGAUGAGACAAAAUAUUGAAUACAUGAGGCAUUACAACGAAUUUGUGGACUCAUAUAAGCCAUAGGCUUGUGGUUGUGUUUCUCAAAACGUGAUACUGUACAUGUUUGCCAUUUGUGUACCAUCUCAGAUGGUGCAGUACCUGUGUGUCUGUGUGUGUGCGUGUGUGUGCGUGUGUGUGUGUGUGUGCGUGCGUGCGUGUGUGUGUGCGCGCGCGUGUGUGCGCGCCUGUGUUAUUUUGUGAUAUUUAAGUUAUGCACUGUGAUUUCUAACUAAUGUGCCAGGUGCCAUGAAAGAGAUUCCAUACUUGCAGUGUCAAACACCUCUAUGACACAUCUAAGGCUGUACAAAAUGGUGUUUGUCUGUUUAAGGGAGCCCGUAUGAUUUAACUUUAUUGUGCAUUCAGGUUACUCUAGAUGCUGUAUACUGUAUCUUGCGGUCAGUCCUGCAAGGAUGACAUUGUGCUUUAGCCUUUCAUUUUGCAUAGCAGUUUAAAUUAUAUGUACCGUUUGUAUGAGUCUUAGUUUUACAGAAGAUCCAGUGUAGCUGUAGAUUACACAGCAAGAAGAUUUAAAAGCUACUGAAAUAUUUACUGUGGAACAGACUUUAAAUACAUGUCGUCAAUGUCCCUCAUAUGGGCUCAGCUAAACACUGCUGCUUUAAGCCAAAGAGAGGUGACAGUAUUGAGUUUAUGUGCUACUUUUGCAAAUUGUAAAAUGUACUGCUGCCUUCUGAAUUGAUUGUAAAUUCAUGAAUUAUGUCUAAUGGUACAAUCCUUUUUAGGCUCAGGCCUUAUUUUCAUGUGUGCAGCUAAAAUAGAUAAAUCAUCCUGUCAACAAAGGUCUGAUGUAGACCUGUCCUGUAUCUGCAUCUUGUUUUUACAUUUGCUUCAUUUGCUGUUGGGAGGGAAACAUACACUUAAUAAACAGUUUGCUUCACAGAGCGCA